AGAUGAUCUAGAUAAAAUAAUUUAUAUUGACAUCUGAGUGCUGAAGGUUCCAUGAUAAGUAAAAGAACCAAAUCUUGGUUUUUCAUGGUGGAGUUGAUAGGAAAUGCCAAAUUAAUUUGUUUAGCUCAGGUUCAACUUCUCUAAUUGAAGAAGAUCAAUUCUGCCCUGAUUUAAGAAGACUUUCAAUUUGACUACCAACUUGUUUGUUUUUAAAAUUCAUCAAGAUUAAUACAAUUUAGAAGGUUAUAGUUUUUAUUUUCUUUGCUUUUAACCUAAAUUAUACAAAUUGGUAGAUCAAUAUGCAUUUUGGUACUUUUCUGUUAGCCGGGGGCAAAUGUCGCCAAUUGGCGUAAGAAAUUUGGUGGAAUUUUGCAUUAUUUGGCGAUUUUUCGCUUGUGCCCGGCUAACGGAUUGUGAACCAAACACGAAUUUAACGUAAGAAAUUUGGUGGAUUUCUACAUUAUUUAGAAAUUUUUCGCUUGCACCCGGCUAAUGGAAAAGUACCUACAUUUUACUACGAAUUUUUUGUAUUUGGCCUGGUUGGCUAUUGGGAGUUUUCCUCUUGACAAAAUACAAAUUAUUAGGGUCAACUUUCAAUGAAAGCUCUAUAUGAAGACACUCCAUCCUUGUAUGUAGAAGUUAAAAUCAAAAUUCUAAUAUUAGUGUUCUAGAUAACUUUGACUUAUAAAAGAUUUUAUGAGUUCUAGACUUAUAGAUUUAAGCUAGAUACAAGUGAAAUCAAGUGGGACAUGAAUCACAGUCACCAUCUUGUAGAGCAUUGAUUUUUUUGAGAAAAAUUACAAAAUGACGAUACAGUGGACACUCAUUGCAUCAUUUUUAUACUUAGAACUUUUUAUAAUUAUCUUGCUGAUAUUGCCAUUCAUAUCUGCUAGAAUAUGGAAAUAUAUCCUCCUUUUCCAUUUAUGGGAAGCUAUUGGAGAAAAAGCAAAUACCUAUUUUAUGGUAUUUUUAAUGGUCUUGGUGUUAUUCCUCUUAGAUUCAGUUCGUGAAAUGGUGAAAUAUACUGGUAAGCAUCCACAUGACUAUGAAGCAGAACUGCAGAUGAAUAUGAAGCUGUAUCGAUCACAAAGAAACUACUAUAUUGCUGGAAUGGCUCUUUUUUUUAGCCUUGUUAUCCGAAGAUUGGCAAUGCUUAUUUUGGCAGAAUAUGAUCUUAUUUCCAAAAUUGAAGAAGCAAUGAAAAAAGCUCUAAAAGCUACAGAAGAUCUUGAGAAAAUAAUGAGAGAAGAUAAAUUAGAAGAACAAAAAAAUCCUUCGAGUGGAAAAUUUAUUGAAGAAAUUAAGGGAUUGGAAAAUCUGUUAGAGAUCAAAGCUAAUGAACUGAAAUCAUCUGAACAGAAUCUUGAAGUUUUAAAAAUGAGAAGUACAGAGAUUUCAGAAAAAUGUAAAGAAAUAUUGGAGGAAAUCGGUAAACUCAAAGCUAAGACUGAAAGUUAAGUGCCAAUUAUACAUACGAAGCAUGGAUCGUUUGUUACUUAAAAGUGCUCUUUGAAUCCAAUUAUUAAAAGUGGUUUUUCAUUAUAAUGUUUGUUGCAGCAUUGAUUGCCUUUUUCUGCAACAAAAAUGCCUUCUUAACCAAAUAUACUUUACCAAAUAGUGAGAUUUCAUUUUAUUUUUCAUUUGUUUGAAUGUUUCUAUGCAUAUGAAUGGAAUAGUUGCAGUGAAUUAUGAUUAUGUAUUUAAAUUGCUCUUAGAUUAAAGAGAAUUAUUUAAAAAUUUUAUCUGUGAAAAAAUAUUUAGAAAACUUUGACAUAAAUAAAUUACAAGUUACAUUUUUCAA